UCACAGCGAACAAUCGACGCGAAUGCAAGUCAGAACUCCAUUUGUUGCAUUGGAUCAACGAUCACCAUUGACGGUGGAGUCCUCCUGCCCCAAACGGAAAAAAUGCGAUAUGGAUCGAGAGCGCGAAAGAGAUGCAAAGGGCCUGGAGCCGCGCGAUUUGUCCUCCACGGGCCGUAUUUAUGCCCGCAGCGAUAUUAAAAUCAGCGCAUCGCCCACCGUUUCACCAACGAUCUCAAACUCCUCAUCGCCCACACCGACGCCACCCGCCAGCUCCUCAGUGACGCCGCUGGGAUUGCCUGGUGCGGCGGCAGCUGCAGCUGUGGCCGCUGCAGCGGCGGCGGCUGCAGGCGGCGGUCCUGGCGGUGGCUCAGCUGGAGCCAGUUCCUAUUUGCACAACCACAAGCCCAUCUCUGGCAUACCCUGUGUGGCAGCCGCAUCGCGCUACACGGCGCCAGUUCACAUCGAUGUGGGCGGCACGAUUUAUACGAGCUCAUUGGAGACACUUACUAAAUAUCCCGAGUCAAAGCUGGCGAAGCUCUUCAACGGACAGAUACCCAUUGUGCUGGACUCACUGAAGCAGCAUUAUUUCAUCGAUCGAGAUGGUGGAAUGUUUCGUCACAUUCUGAAUUUUAUGAGAAACUCAAGACUAUUGAUUGCCGAUGAUUUUCCCGACCUGGAGUUGCUGCUCGAGGAGGCGCGCUAUUACGAAGUGGAGCCGAUGAUUAAACAACUGGAGAGUAUGCGCAAGGAGCGUGUACGCAAUGGCAACUAUUUGGUGGCGCCACCCACACCGCCAGCACGCCACAUUAAGACCAGCCCAAGGACUAGCGGUGCACCAGAGUGCAAUUAUGAGGUGGUCGCCCUGCACAUCUCGCCGGAUCUGGGAGAGCGCAUAAUGCUAUCGGCUGAACGGGCGCUGCUCGACGAGCUCUUCCCGGAGGCCAACCAGGCCACACAAUCGAGUCGGAGCGGUGUCUCCUGGAAUCAGGGUGACUGGCGCCAAAUCAUACGCUUCCCACUCAACGGCUAUUGCAAGCUGAACUCGGUUCAAGUGCUGACGCGUCUGUUGAACGCCGGCUUCACCAUCGAGGCCAGCACCGGCGGGGGCGUCGAGGGGCAACAGUUCUCCGAAUAUUUGCUCGUACGUCGCGUUCCAAUGUGAUAGGCUCCGGGUCCAGGACAACGUCGUCAAUGCUCUCAAUUGCGGCAUGGGCACUGUGUAAUCGUAAUCUAUGUGCGAGUUGCGCACUAAUUGCAGCCCUGGGGACCUUGGGA